UCAAAGAGGGCGGGAAUAACGGAUGAUUUGGGAAACCGAGGUAGAAGUUGGACAGCCAGCAGGAACGGGAUAGUCGUCCUUGAAGGAUUGCCGACCGUCACGGAAAUAUUAUGUUUAGAACUUGCUAUUUAAAGUCCCAGCCACAUAAAAUAUUGAUCUAAGGUCUCAUUUUCCUCUUUUGUUUUGAGUGAAUACUUAACUCACUCAUGAGGGAGUCGGAAAAAUCAAUGAAAUCAGCGGACGACUCUCGAAAUGGACACAAGAAUGGAGGCAAAGCGGGACUGUUGGAGAAAAUCAUCUCUCCUCAGACGUCUCUGAAUGAUUCCCUGGAUGGGGAAGUACAGGAAUUCCUCACCGAUGAAAGCCAACUUCACACGUUUGAUGACCUUACCAAAGUCAACCCGGUGACUCCAACAACAGUACUGAAAUGUCUGCAGGCUAGGUACAGAGCACAGGUGUUUUACACACAGGCUGGGUGCACCUUGGUGGCUUUGAACCCCUUCCAGCCUUUCCCAGACCUUUACUCUUUGGACAUGAUGAAGCAGUACCAUGCUGCUCCUCAGCCUCAGGAGCUGAAGCCGCAUGUCUUUAUUGUGGCUGAAGAAGCCUACAGGAACAUUCGGGAUCAGCUGGAGCCGCUAAACCAGUCCUUGGUGGUCAGCGGUGAGAGUGGAGCUGGAAAGACGUGGACGUCUCGUUGCUUGAUGAAGUACUACGCCACGGUGGCAGCCUCGUCUUCAGCGCUGAAGAGUCAGAGUACAGUGGAGAGGAUUGAGAGGAGAGUGCUGGACUCCAAUCCCAUCAUGGAGGCUUUUGGCAACGCCUGCACGCUGCGGAACAACAACAGUAGCCGCUUUGGGAAGUUCAUCCAGCUGCAACUCAACAGUGGUCAGCUGCUAGUCGGGGCGUCUGUGCAGACGUAUCUGCUGGAGAAGACUCGGGUGUCCUGUCAACCUGCCAGUGAGAGGAACUUCCACAUCUUUUAUCAGAUGAUGAGGGGGGCCACUGAUGAGCAGAGGAGAGAAUGGAAGAUGCCCCUCAACCAGAGUUUUGAUUGGCUGCCGAAUUCUGAAAAGCAAAUUGAAGAGGAUGUUUUUGAGGAAACUGUGGAGGCGAUGCUUCACAUGGGGAUCAAAGCAGAAACUCAAAGACACAUUCUGAGGAUUUUAGCUGGAAUCCUACACUUGGGGAACGUGAAGUUCUCCUCCCCAGGAGAAGAGCAUCAGCUUUGUCAGCUUCCGGAGGAUUCUGAAGAGUCCAUGCAGACGGCUGCCAAGCUGCUCUCAGUUCCUGCUCAGGAGUUUGUGACGUGUUUGAGGGUGAGGACUCUGAAGGCGGGGAAGCAGAGCCUCCUGAAGCCCUGCUCACAGUCAGAGUGUCGAGUGAGGAGAGACUGUUUGGCCAAGACCAUCUACUCCCAACUGUUUGAAUGGCUGGUUACAUUCAUCAAUAACAGCAUCUGUGCAGACAAAUCUACGUGGAGCAGUUUCAUCGGAGUCUUAGACGUGUACGGCUUCGAGUGUUUCCAUGUCAACAAGCUGGAGCAGCUGUGCAUCAACUACGCCAACGAGAAGCUGCAGCAGCACUUUGUGGCUCAUUAUCUCAAAGCACAGCAGGAGGAGUAUGUGUCAGAAGGGCUGCAGUGGUCCUUUGUGAAGUACCAGGACAACCAGAGCUGCCUGGAUCUCUUAGAGGGGAGCCCUGUCAGUGUGUUUUCUCUUCUAAAUGAGGAAAGCCGUCUGAACCGGGCCUCAGACCCAAACAUGCUGAGGGUUCGGCUGGAGAAGGAGCUGAGCGAUAACCCCAACAUCAGCUGGGACAAGUUCAGCAGGGUGCCACACUUCACCGUGGCUCACUACGCCGGCAAAGUUAGCUACCAGAUAGAAGGCAUGGUGGAGAAAAACAAGGAUCCAGUUCCAGCGGAGCUCAUGGGUCUGCUUCAGAAAUCGGACAACCCCCUGGUUUGUCAAAUCUUCGCUGGCAUGGAAUCUGAGAACUCAACAACCAGAGGGCUCACUAAAGUCACGGUGGUCUCCAAGUUCAAGAACUCUCUGGAGAGCCUGAUGUCCAUCCUCCUCAACACGACUCCUCACUACACCCGCUGCAUCAAACCCAACCCCGACUGCAGACCACUGACCUUCAAACAAGAGGAGGUGAUCCUGCAGCUGGAGGCGUGUGGGAUUGUACAAACCAUUCAUAUCAGUGCUGCUGGAUUUCCAAUCAGAAUUCCUUUCAAAGGCUUCAUACAGCGAUAUGGAUUGAUUUUGAAACAUUUAAAAAUGGGAAAAAGCAGUGAUGAUUUGCAUGUGGACAUCUCCCCCCAACAGGAAGUGGAGCAGCUCCUCAGCGUGGUGUUAAAUCAACGCUCCUGUGAUGAACGUUGUUCACUGGUGCAUUGUGGGAGGACUAAAGUUUUCCUGACUCAAGCAAUGCUAGACAUGCUGGAGGAUCACAGGAGGAACAUCCGGUCUCGGUGCGCCUUGUCCAUUCAGUGCUGCUGGCUACGGUACCAGCGCCGCAGACGCCUCGCCCGCCGGCAGUCAGCUACUUUAAUCCAAGCAGCUGUGAGGUCCUGGCUGGUUAGGAAACAGGUCCAGAGAUGGAACAGAGCAGCUGCAGUGAUCCAGAGCAGGUGGAAGCGCUGGAAGACCGUGUUAAAGCUCUUGGCUGAGGCAGAGCUUGACGACGCCACAGACCUGGUGGAGGACGGCGCCCCACCGGUGAACCCUGUCGUUCGGGAGCGAGGCUCCGUCCAGCUCCCCAGUAUCCAGGAGCCUGUGACAGUGCGGGGGUGGCCUCUGGGGCUGGCUUUGGCCUCUGCUCCGUCCAUCACCGUGUCGUUGACCGCCACGGGCUUUCAGAAGUUGGUCUCUGUGGUGACGUCCCUCAACCUGCCCUCCAGGAGAGGAGAGUACAAGGUGGAGACCAACCAGUAUAAGCAGGGGCUGGCCUCCAUUCGAGCCCAGCCGAAGGGAUCUGUUAAGCUGCACUGUCAGCGGUCGCCUCUUCUGUACGCCGACACACAGCCAGACCUGAAAAGUGACGUGACCGGGUUCAACGAAAUCCUGCUGGAGCAGACGCUGUGAGAACCUUCUCUGCUGGACCAACUCCUCCAGGACGCUAGUCUUAGAACAUCAAAACGCAAAAAUAAUUCCACACAUUUUGCCCAAAUCCAACUUUAAGUUCUGUUUAAAUGCGGUCAGAAACAGUUGUGUGGUGUUAGGAAGUAUAAAAGCUCUCCAGUGUCCACAAUAGUGAUAUUUUUUUAAAUCACAGCAAAAACUGGAGCUUGAUGAAGCACUUUUAUUGAAUGAAUGCUGCUCUAAACACUAUUUCCCAUAGUGCCUUUAAAAACAAAUCUACACUUUCACUACAAAUGAGCUUUUAGUUCAUUCAAUGUACUUUUGCUGAAGGAUUAUUUAUCUUCCAUUUAUGUUGGGGUGUUUCAUGCAAUCUGAUUUCAGAUGUUUUUUUUAGCAUUUUACUUGUGUUUUGUUGGCAUUUAUAAUCAAAAACAAACAAAUGUUGCACAUGUGAAGCACAUAUUGCACAAUAAAAACGCACAACUGCUCACUUAGAGCAAGAUGACACAAACUGAAGGGACCUUUGAGGGACAUUAAAAUAACUUUAAAAAAUAGUUCAUAAAUAUCAGACAAAUUUGGGUUUGAAAGCGAACUGAUGAUGACACUACUUGAAGACAAAAAACUUCAGUUAAUAUUAUUGCUAUUUAUAUAAAAGGGCAGAAACAAUAGGUGGCUAAUUAUUAUUUUUUUCAAUUCAAACCUUUAAAACUGCUUUGGCUCUUUAUUAUAUAUAAACUUUUGUUUUUAAAUUCAUUCAUUGAAAUGUUGGGUUUUACUGUGACCAUUUAUAUUUGCGAACAGUAGACCAUGUAUUUACCCGUGAGCUGUCUGACAGCAGCUCCUGAGUCUGACUGAAGCAUUAUGAAGCCAAUUUAAAUAUUUAUCAUAAUUAGCAGGAAGUAUGUUUUGUCUCAAGAAAUAAAUGAAGCUUUAACUGUGUAAAUCAUGUUUUUUUUUAGAGUUGAUUUUACUGUAAUAAAAAUGUGCAUUACGAAAAGAAAUCUGCAAGUGUAUUCAAUAAAUGGUCAUCUUAAAAGUU